GAAGACGGAAAGAAAGAGAAUAAAAAACUAGAAUCUUAAUUACAACUCUGCCCAUCCAGAGGCAUGCUCUGUUUUCUUCCUCUCUUUUUUGUUUUUAACUAAAAGCUUAGUGAUUGCCAGUUAUGCAGUUGCAGAGGAGAAGUUGUUUGUUAUUCGAAUCUGUAUAUCUAUAUUUUUUGAGCUUCAAAUCCCAAACCCAUAGAUAGAAUAUAGGAAGACUACAAGAAGAAGAAGCUUCUAAAUGUUGCAGCAACCGUGAGAUCCUGAUGUUGUUAAGGUUUUAGAAAGAGGGUUUCAGUAGAUUCAAUGGCUGUAAUGCUGGGGAGCAGACAACUAAAGGGUGGAGGUGGAAAUGGAGGACUUUCUAGAAAAUGGGUUUCCUUCUUCUGCAUUUCUAGCUUCAUUUUGGGAGUUCUUGUAGUUAACAGGUUUUGGGAUGUGCCUCAGCAAGUUGAUGUAGUGGAGGACACUCUGGAUUUCCAAAGUCAUCAAAAGAGAGAGCUUGAACAGACAACUGAUUGCAAUAAAAAGGACGCUUCUAUCCAAGAAGGAGAUAUUCUUAAUCAAGUUUCACAAACUUACGAUGUUAUCAUGAAUUUAGACAAAACAAUCUCUACACUGGAGAUGCAAUUAGCCUCAGCUAGAGCUGCAAAAGCAGGAAAUCAAGAGGGAUCUCCAGUGAUUACAAAGCCAGGAACCGAACACUCGAAAAACAGAGAAAAGGUUUUCUAUGUUAUGGGAAUAAUGACUGCAUUUAGUAGCAGAAAGCGCAGAGAUUCAAUCAGAAGUACUUGGAUGCCUAAAGGAGAGAACUUGAAGAAGUUAGAAACAGAAAAGGGAAUCGUCAUGCGAUUUGUUAUUGGCCACAGUGAGACCCCAGGCGGUGUCUUGGAUCGUUUGAUCGAUGCAGAAGAAAAGCAGCAUAAUGAUUUCUUGAAACUGAACCAUGUAGAAGGUUACCAUCAAUUGUCUACCAAAACACAAAUAUAUUUCACGACAGUUGUAGCAUUGUGGGAUGCUGACUUUUACAUCAAAGUUGAUGAUGAUGUGCACAUCAAUCCUGGUAUGCUGGGUUCAACUUUGGCACGUCAAAGGUCAAAACCCCGUGUUUACAUGGGUUGUAUGAAGUCUGGUCCUGUCCUGGCACAAAAAGGGGUCAAGUAUCAUGAACCUGAGCACUGGAAAUUUGGCGAAGAGGGAAAUAAAUACUUCAGGCAUGCAACAGGACAGCUGUAUGUUAUAUCCAAAGAUUUAGCUACCUACAUUUCAGUCAAUCGGCACAUACUUCACAGAUAUGCAAAUGAAGAUGUCUCACUAGGUUCCUGGUUCAUAGGCCUGGAUGUUGAACAUAUUAAUGAUCAAACCCUCUGCUGUGGAACUGCCCCAGAUUGCGAGUGGAAGGCACAAGCAGGUAAUCCCUGUGCUGCAUCAUUCGACUGGAGUUGUAGUGGUAUUUGCAAAUCGGUGGAAAGGAUGAAAGAAGUACAUGAACGUUGUGGUGAAGGUGAUGGAGCUGUUUGGCAAUCAAACUUCUGAAACGCCUUCUGUUUUUGGAAUCUCACUUGUAGACUGAUGUAAUAUAUCUAUCUGUUCCAAAAAUGCUAUCUGAAGGAUCCCUUCCACCCGAUUUUUUGGGGCAAGAUGUGUCGAGGGAAGGGGUAAAAGUAUAUAUAACGAUCGACUCGAUUUUUGGCAUACAUACUCUUUAUACUUUUGUUGGCUACAGAGAGGUUAACAAAGAUAUUUAUUUUAAUACCC